CACACACACACACACACACACACACACACACACACACACACACAGGUUAAUGCUCCCUCGUCUUCGUCUGCAGGCCGAGCUGACCGAGCUGGUCCAGACGUACAAACAGGAAGUGACUGAGGCGGCGUGCGAGCUGAUCUGUGAUUGGGCGCAGAAGAUCCUGAAGCGUUCGUUCGACACGGUGGUGGAGAUCGCUCGCUACCUGAUCCAGGAGCACAUCGUCAACCCUCGCUGCAGCCAGGCGGAGCUCGUCACCUCAGCAGCACUCGCAGGAGGUCCAGCCAAACCACACAAGGUCAUCAAGAAGGCUCCGGUCGUCUCUAAGGAUGGUGAUGGAUCAUCUGACCAGAAGAGGGACAGUGGAGACUCUUCGUCCUCGUCUUCAUCGAAGCUGCCGUCCGGAGACAAAUCCGCUGCAGCGGUCAAACCUUCCUCGCUGGACGCUCCUCCUCCCUCCUCCUCCUCCUCCUCCUCCUCUCUGCGUCCUGCUGUUGAAGCCUUCAUGAAGCAGUUACCCAGAAUCCUUCCUCGGAGCUCCAUCCCAGACAAGGCCCAGCUCUCCGUCCGCUCUUCUCCACCUUCGCUGGCGCCCAAAGAUGCCUCGGGUGUAGGCGGGGCGUCCGGGCCAGGAGGCCCGGCCGCAGCCGCCGCUGCCAGCGGUGGUGGGGUUAAGGUCAUCGCCAUGGCGACGCUGCCCCAGCAGCAGGGCGGGCCGGUCCCGGUGGUGAUCCUGCCUCAGAGCUGCCUGUCGUACGAGCGGGAGAAGGUCGCCCCUGCACCUCAGCCUCCUCCUCCACCUCCUCCUCAGCAGCACACAGUGGCGGCCCCCACCUCUGUGGUCCAGAAAGCACGAGGGAACGCUAACAAGCGCCCCCUGGAGGUGGUGACGCCGGGCGUGGCCGGUGGCUCCGCCGCACCUCCGGUGAAACGGAAACGUGGACGACCAAGAAAACCUCGGCCGGAGGACGCCCUGCCGCCUCCUCCUCAGCCCUCCCCUCCUGCACCUCCCCCACCCCCUCCCAUCAUCACCUCCGUGACUGGAGGAGUCAUCCAGAAAGCCUCCUCCUCCUCCUCCACCACCACCACCUCCUCCUCCUCGCAGCCCGUGCUGGAGCUGGUGAUCCAGGACCAGCCAGGUUUGGUUCUGAGUCCACUGCCCGCAGUGUCGGACCCGGCUCACCGGCUGGUGGAGCACCGCGGCGUGGUGGUGCAGUGUCAGUCCGGCGGCCCGAUGGAGGCGGACCGCCACAGCCGGCCCCUGCUGCUGUUCCAGAGCCCCAGCUGGGAGCUGGCGCCGUCGGGGCGGACCCCGAUGGUGGAGGUCAUCCAGAAAGCUCCGAGACCGAGCAAUAACAACAGCAGCACCGCUCCUCCACCUGCAGCCCACCUCCAUCCUCCUCCUCCUCCUCUGCCUACUCUCCCUCUGCCCACGGUGCACGAGGAGCAGGGCGAGGUGGAGAUCACGCUGACACCAGUGGAGCCACCGCCGCCUUCCACCUCCACCUCUUCUCCUGCUGCUGCUCCGGCCUUCUCCUCCUCCCCCACCUCCUCCUACUCCUCCUCCUCCAUUAUUAUGGUGAAAGUUGGGGAGCAUGAGGUGGAGGACAUCAGCAGCACCUCCUCAAAGAGAGAAGGACACUAGCUCUUCUUCCUCCCUUACUCAGCUUUUACCUCACUGCAACAAAGCCCUGCCCCCUUUUACCUCUCCCCUUCUCCUAUUGGUGGAAAUCCCAGAUUGGCGACAGGAGAGAGCCAAUCGAGGCGGAGAAAUGAAGCCAAGACCUCGACUGUCCUUCCAUCAUCAGCUCCCAUUGCACUCAGACUGUCUGCCUGUCUGUCUGUCUGUCUGUCUGUCUGUCUGUCUGUGGCUGAAACCAGAAGAAGAACGACUCCUCAGGUGGCUGGGCCUGAAAUCAAACCUUCCUCUUUUCCUCCUUGCCUCCUUGGUCAGAUCAUCAUAAAGACAGAGUGCUGUGAAGGAAGGACACGAGAGGAAGCACACGUAUGUUCAGUGUUGAGUCAGGUACUACGGGUCAGAACCUUGUGAAGGUUCUUUGAGCUAAACAUGAAAAAAUGACUCCGCCUCGAUUCACGUGGAACGUUGAGGAACGUUGAGGAACGUCAGCGAUGGCAAGGCAAUAAAAAUGGAAGUUUUGAAGCCGUGGACAGAAAGCAAGGACGGAGGAGACGAUCACAUCCUGAAGGCUGAGGGUGAAUGGAAGCUUGGCACGGCUCGGCUCGGCCCAGCUCGGCUCGGCUCUAAACAGCUUUGGUUUGUUGUGUUUGUGUCGGUUUAGUACAUAUUUCUGAGUGUGUGUGUGAGUGUGUAUCAUGAAUAUCGGACAGACACGUUGUGUAAAAUUAUUCCUGCAGGUCAGUCGAGGUUCUGGAUGUCAGGACCAGGUCCAUGGUGGGCGGCAGCCAUGUUUGUUUGUAGUUCAAAGCGGCCUGUUUUCCCAUCAUGCUCUGCUGUGUGAUCAGGAGGGCUGGGUAUCAUGUGACGUGUCAGUGCCAUGUUGGAUCUGUUCGUUCAGACCAAACAUCCAUGAAACCUUUUACGCUGGUAAAGCAGCGUAUCGUCUGCGUAUCGGCUGACUUCACCACGAGCUGAUGCCGUUCUACACCGGACCAGUCGAACGUUGUUGAAAAGUUUGUGUUCAUGCUCAGUCGAUGCAGAGAAACGUUUGGUCUGAACUGAACGUGGAUAAAAUCCAGGUGAACUCAGCCCAGCCGAGCGCAGUGAGACCCGACGUGACUCCUCAUGCCGCGUGAGUCCAUCUGUAACUGUUUCAGCCUUCGAGUGCUCUUGAUGCCAAACUCCUUCGUCGAACGCCAGCCCGGACGGCUUUUAUUCGCCUCCAGCAGAACUCGCGUGAUGAAACGAUGACCGGUGGCUUUGAGGUGAAGCCCCGCCCACAGGAACACAGGUAGAAGAACAUGGCGUCCGCUCAGGCACAAAAAAGCAAAGCACAAAGUAACCUGCCACGUGUCGAAGAUGCAGUAAAGAUUUUAAUGAGGGAUGUUUUAAAAUUAGCUUCUGUAGCACUGACGCUUAGCCUACCUGAUUAAUUAGCCUGCUAGCUGUUGUUGUAUGUUGCCAUGCGCCCUUUGCACUAACUCCUCGUCACCACGAAGCAGCGUCGAGCCGGACGACGAAAAAACGAUCCUCUAAAUGAUUUGCAGUCGAUCUCCUAAUUAAUGAAUCAACAUCCUGAUUCAAACCUCCAUCGUCAUGGUGACGUCACGUUGCUGUCGUUAGUUCUUCACCUCUGCCAAACGGCCUCUCGCUCCGUGUGAGGGCAUCUUCUUCAUUGUUGGUGCUACAAACCGCAGGGCUCGGCGGCGGCGGCGGCGGCCUUCGCUGUUCUCCAUCCUGUAACCACAGAUUUGUACAAAAACCUUUUUUCUGUGUCAAAGUGUGUGUGUGUGUGUGUGUGUGUGUGUGUGUGUGUGUGUGUUUCCCUCCGUCCUGUGACAACGAGAGCUUCAGAUCGGUUAAAGGGACACCGAAACACAGCACGACUGUUAAAACGAUAACCUGUUGCAUGAUGGGAAAGUGAGUUUAAGCACUUGUCCUCUUUGACGUGAAGCGAGUGCAGCCUAGCUGACACUCGCUGACGCGCCUUUUUUUUUAGUGCCAAACCUGCUCGAUGUUUCCACCUGGUGGACAAACGGUGUCUCUGUUUCCCUUUAACCGGCCGAGCCUCCGCCCUCUUCAGACAGAACUGAAACAAAUGAAAAGUUGCACUGUUAAAAAGUUACAAGGAGAGAGAGUUCUUGUAUGUUAUGAAUUUAUUGUUAUAUGCAUCGAGAAAAUACAUUGACGAGUAUUUAUGGGUGAUGUAACGUUCUGCUUUAUGCUUGCACUCGGCUAGAGACCAGAUUUAUUUUUUAUUACCAAGGAUUUGGUCAGAAUAAUAAUCAGAAGAGAUUUUAACAGUUUGAAUAAAGAGGGAAACACUUUGUGUAAUAUUAAAGUGGUUUAAAGCAACAUUUCACUUCUGUAAAGGCCUCAGUGACGCGAGUCAUGACUGCUUCAGACCUGACAACAUCAGAAAAGACUCGACUCAGCCCAGAAAUUACAAACGUGAAACCGUGAGUCAGGACUUGAUAUGUUUAGAACGUGGACUUGACUCAGGACUUGUUGGUCUUGACUCGACUGGUAAGGGGCUUCGGACUUGGCUUUGUUAUUAGUUCCAACAAAGACAACAUACUUUAGGUCCUGUUGGAUGAUACAAGAACUACUUACUUUACUUAAGAUUUUAAGAUUAGUUAGUCUCGACCUGGGACUUGAUAUUGACUUGGGAUCUGUUGAUCUCCACCUGGGACUUGUUGGUCUUGACUUUCAGAAAGACAAACAAACCACAGAACUUCCUUAGACGCAUAGCAAGGUCUUCGGAAUGACUUCCUAAUGUAACCCCAAAGUUGCAGUGUGACACUGAAGACAGAUGAGAUGUGUCUGAGGCCUAAGAUCAAAGUGAAAUGUUGCUCUUUGUGUUUUGUUGUGAAUCUAGAGUUGAUGGAAAAUGUCCAGGGUGAAACCUGAGGGGACCUCUGCAGGACCUGCUGGGCUAAACUGGGAAAACUGGAAAAGUUCUGGACAUGAAAAGUUAAAGAAAGUCUUCACUGAUGGGAGGAAGCCCCAGGCUGGAUCAGUUUAAGUAACUGGCUUAACUGGACAUGCAGUAUUUCCUGUAGACACUGGUUGAACGUUCGGAAAACGGGUUGAAGUCCAGCAGCUUCUUAAAUCUACAUCCUACCUGGACAUUCCUUCACAAACUGUAGAUGUUUGGGAGGAGACAGAAAGAUCAGCAACACUGUGGAAGUUUAGUUUGAAAAUAAAUCAAAGAAAUGGUUCAUGGAAAGUCACCGAUGGGUCUGAAUAGUCUGACUGGACAAAAAGCUUGAUCAGAGAGUCAAUAAAGGACGUUUCAGAAAUGAUUUAGACCAAGUCAGUGAUGGGAAGACGAUUGGCUCAGCUUAACCCUUAAACUGGGCUAACUAGGACUGUUGGACAUGUCCAGUUACCUUCAUGGCACUGUCGGUAUCCAGAAAAGGUCAGAGGAGAUGUCAAAGGUUGGAGUUUGACCAUCCAACCGGCCUGAACAGGUCUUGGUUUGGCUCAGUUUGGCCCUUUAACUGGACUAACUGAGACUUUUUGACAAUUUUGAGAUGUUUUUAGAUGUCUAUGUAAGCAAGAAAACCAGUUUGACCCCUUUAACUGCAGGAACUGGACAUGAGGAGCUUCCUUUAUCUGUAUCUUUCCAAGAAGUCUGGAAGAUGUGCCGAACAGAUACAAAUCUGUCUUGACUUGGGACUAGCUAAUCUUGACUCGCUGACUUUCAGAAAGACAGAUGAGCCGUGAAGAACUUCCUUUGAUGCAUACCGAGGUCUGAACUCCUGUUGGGUCAAACAAAUAAGAGCAACUCUUUGGGCAAAGUUGUCAGUCAGGUUGUCCAGCAAGUUUUCCUGUCAUCAUCAGGCAGUCUAACUGUAUCUUUAGAAGAUCCAAAAAGGAAUCAGACGAAUGGUUCAUGGGUAGUCGGAGGUUAGGCCCUCGUCCUGGUACCACUCAACCUGCGGAGUCCAUACCAGGAGGUUGUGGAAUAGUUCAGAACACGCAGAAUGACUCCAGUUCGGCCCCGUUUGGCCCAGUUAGGACCUGUAUCAGGAACUCAGGUUUGAAGGUGGAGGUGGUCGUGGGAAUCUUUCACUGUGGAGCCACGUUGCUCAAAAAAACAAAACAAAAACCAGAAACGGGUCAGAUAAUCAAAGACUAAAGGAUCGGGAAUCGGGUAGCGAUGCGUUAACCUCGAAGGAUCAGACUCAGUGACACGGCGACCUCUGAUGUCACUUCCUGUACCGUGGUAUUUGAAGAUGCUGCAUCAUUUCUGACUUCAUUAAUCUGAUUUAUUGAAGUUAAAAUGACGCUCAGAGCAGCUUCACCUUUGUUCACCUUCGCUUCAACCAGCAAAACGUCACAGGAGGUACACGACAACCUGGUCAGGUGACCUGAAGAGAGGUCAGAGUAGUCUCAGACAUUUGAACCUCAAGUAGGUUGUUGUCAGGUCACAUGACACGCCACGGGAGAGUGGUUUACCUUGACCUGAACUACGCUCAGGUGAUGUCAGAGUCUGGUGGUUUGAAGGUGAAUCGACGGUUCAGGUGACAAGAUGACGAGAUGUCUGUACGUCCGAGCUGAUCCUGGUCAAGCAUCGCAGUCAUUGUAACGAUGACGAUGACGAUGGUUAACUCCCAGUCUAAACUGAAAGUAGCUCUGUUUCCUGUCAGACGCCUGCUCGGUUUUUAUCAUUUAAUUCAAAUAGAUUCAAGAAAUUUAAAGUUAAUUCUUAAAUUUUUGCCCUGAGUGAAGCCUUCCAGGCUUCGCUACCUCUCAGGCUCAGGAACUCUGGGUAAUGAAGUCCUUACCUGAGCAGGUGUCUGACAUCAAACAGCCACAUGUCGAGCUUCAUGCUGCCAAUUUCUGUUUUUGCUCGGUCCAAGAAGAGACUCGAGUUUUUUAAUUUAUUGUUUGUCUGUUUGUCUUUGCUCUUUCAUACAGUUGUACAGCUUGUUGAUGUGCAGAUUUUAUUAUUAUUAUUAUUAUUAUUGUUGCUGUUGCUAUGGAGAUAUUUUCUUUGUGGAAGGCGCUGUCAGCUUCCUGCAUGGACUUCCUGUGACCGUCUUUAAUCGUUUAGUUUUUUUCUUUGCCGCCUUCUGUUCUUUUGUUUUUGCACUUUGCUGUUCUGAUUAAAUGUUGAAGGUCCAAAA